AUGCUUAUAGUUCAGUUAAAAUGCGAAGUUUGUCUUAACAUACUUGUCACAUUAAUUCCAAUCAUUAUCUCUCUUUCUACAUCAACAUUAACAUAUUUUACAAUUAAAAAAAGGCGAAAAAAGUCGAUACAAAAAAUUAAUAGUCAGACAGUUGAAGUUAUGAGGAACAAACAAUGGAUUACCAUCAAUUGGAACAAUCUUCGCGUUGGAGAUUUAAUUAAAUUGAAUAAUGGCGACAUUUCUCCAGCAGACAUCAUACUUUUACAAACAUCUGACUUACAACCUACUUCCGUAGAAACACUUCUACUUGAUGGCUCUUCGCAGCUGACACCUCGUUCCGUUCCAAAUUUAAUUGAUAUUACUUAUGAAGGCGCAUUGUUUAAUACUCCCUUUGAAAUAGCAGAUAUGAAACGAGAAGUAUACAAUGAUAAUGUUAACAUUAAAAAUCCUUUGACAAAUCCAAUAAUAUUUUCUGGAUAUUUGGAUUUCAAUGGACGUUCCGUAGAAUUAACAAACUCAAAUUACAUAGAACGCUAUUCUAUCAUACACCAUAGCAAAUUUGUCAUCGGCGGCGUUGUAUAUACAGGACAUGAUUGUUUGACUGUGAAUCAACACCUUUUUAGGACAAAGCCAAACAAGCUCGAGAGAUCCUUGAACGCAUUGAACCUAAUACAGGUCACAGCUAUUCUAAUUUACGCUGGAAUUAUAGCAAUAAGAAGUUUGUACUAUUAUAACAUGACGCAAAAUUGGCCAUUUAAUAGUACAAUUUCGGUUUAUCCGUAUUUUAUGCAUAAUUUAAGAAAUUAUUUAAUUUUAUUGUUGCCAUUGACUCCGUUGGAGCUUUACAGUUUCAUCGAUCUCAUCUAUCUGUUCAACUCUAACGUUAUCAGACAUCUUUUUAGGAAAUCAAGCGUUCCAAAUCCAAAUAGUUUAUAUGAAUUGGCUCAUGCUGACGUUUUGAUGACUUCUAAGAACAAUUUACUAGAACCAAAGCCAUAUUUGAAGAGAAUUUUCAUCAACGAACAGGUUUACGGCAAAGAACCGACAAUCAGAAAAUUAUGUGAGACGAAACAACUCGAUCUGCUUGAAAAUAAAUCCGGAUUUUACCAAUUCACAGAUCCGGACCUUGAAAUCAGCAGCGAGCAAGCGAAAAUCCUGUUUUUGCAUUUAUCUCUCUGCCAUUCAGCCUCAUUGGUUGGUUCCAAGGGCAAAUUCUCAUAUGUAUCGCGAUUCCCUGAUGAUGAGCAGCUUCUCCGACUCGCAGCGAGCUCCGGAUACAUGUUAAUUGGCAGAACUCCGGACGAAUCAGUAAUUCUCAUUGGAAAUACUACGUACAACUUCAAGACGAAAAAGAUCAUUCAUUCGUCCUCAAACCAUCCACGUAUUUCCAUCAUUGUCGAAGAUGCAGAAGGUUCAAUAAUUUUGUUCACUCGUGGAGUUUACAAAGUUAUGGAAUUGAUUGUUGACGGCAUCGAGAAGUACCAAACGAUAUACGAUUCAUUCCACGAUGACGGACUUCACGUAGAAUGUUGUUCGUAUCGAUAUUUGUCACAGAAACAAUAUAAACGUUUCGAAGAGAAAAUAUCGGAGUUUGGAACCGAAAAUGCCGACUUUACGUUCUCUAUUGUCGAUAAUCUUGAGAUGCAUUCCACAUUUUUGUCGAUAAUAGGUUUUGAAGACCAGCCACGCGAAGGAACAUUAUCAUUCCUUGAUAGUGCGAAGCAAUCCUUCAAACAGAUUGUCUUAACAAGCAAUUCCAAAGGAAAUUCAACCGUAAUUACCGGAAUUUCUUUAGGAAUCAUCAAAAACAACCCUGUUGUUGGAUUGGUUAAAGGUGAUAUCCUCGAUGAUGUAGAAAUAUCCAUAACUUACCUGUUGGAAAAUCCAUCAUACGAUGUUUUGAUCAUUGAUGGAGGCGCUAUCCAAUAUUUGACACAAUCACAGUAUGCUAUAAAGAUGGCUCAGAUGAUACAACAGACCAAAACGAUCGUACUUCAAAAAGCAGAUCCGACUGAAAUUUGUAAUUUCGUCAGAGACCUUCAAAUCAUUCUUGGAAGGUCGAUUCUCGGUAUCGGAUCAACAGUUUAUGACUGCAACUACAUGAAGGAGUGCGAUUGUUCAGUAUCAAUCGGUUACGGAGACAUCCAUGUUGCAGAUAUUUCAGCGGACAUUAUUUCUGGAAGCUUUACUGAUUUCGCAGAGAUUUUGUUCGUUCACGCUUCUUAUUUCAGAGAUCGGUUCAAAUCUAUCGUCAUGUCAGUUUUUGAGAGAAACAUUUUGUUUACAUUCAUUCAAUUUUGGUUCAACCUUUACAACGGUUGUAGUUCUACGCCAUUGUUUUCUGAACCUGUAAUUAUAAGUGUUCUUUAUGUAUUUACGUUCUUACCUUUGUUCAGCCAUGCAGUAAUGAACAGAACUUAUUCUGCAGAUGAUUUAAUGGCUGAUGCAAAGUUUUAUAGAAGAACUAACAAGGAGCCACUUACUAAGACGAAGUUAGUUGUCAUUUUGUUUGUUUUGUCCUCAUUUUCCUUUUUAUAUUUGUUAAUUGCAAAGAAUGUGACAAUGAACAGCAUGAAUGGCUUUAAUUCGACAAUAUCAUUAAAGACAUUCAGCUUCUUGAUGUCAUUGUCCAUUGUUGUAAUAACAAAUGCAAUAAUCAUAAGCAAAACAAGUUCGUGGUCGGUCCAACAGAAUUUGUUUAUCUUUGGAUCAAUGAUUUGUUGCGUUUUGAUCUAUCUUUCAUCGAAUUAUUUCGAAGGAAGUGGAUCUUCAUACAGAGCCGUCCAAAACGUACUUACAUCGAUCCCUUGUGUCUCGUUUAUCAUUAUUUCCUUUGUUUUGACUUUAUUCAUUCAGAUGACGAUCGAAAUAUUAAUAAGAAAGAAGCCAAGGUCAAAGUACAAUAUUUCAGAUGAAGAUGAGUAUGAACUGGAUAAAAGUGAUAUAGUAUUCGAGAACGUUGAUGAAUAUUAA